AUGUCAGAGGAAAUCCCAAAGAAGGGCAUAGCGGCGGUAGUCGUCAACGAGGGGUCGGACUUCAGAGUCGAAGUUCAACAGCUCGACGUGCCAGAGCCCAAGGAUGAUGAAGUUCUCAUCCGGCUCAACUGCACCGGCCUUUGCAUGAGCGAUGUCCACUACAUGCUAAACGAUUGGCCCGUCCCUCCAAUGUCACAGUUCGGCGUUCGUUGCGCCGGCCACGAAGGCGCCGGCGUCGUCGUCAAAAUCGGCAAACAAGUCAAAGGCUGGAAGGUAGGCGACCGCGCAGGCGUCAAACCGAUCCACGAUGUAUGUCACAACUGCGAAGAAUGCUGGAACGGGCGGGAAAACUACUGCGCAGAAGCACUUCAGACCGGUCUUCAUACGCCGGGGACGUACCAGCAGUAUUUGGCGAAGCCGGCGAUAUACACCUCGAGGAUUCCGGAUGGAGUGAGCGAUGAGGUUGCGGGACCGAUCAUGUGCUCGGCCAGCACCAUGCACCGCGCUCUUAUUGAGGGGCAGCUCAAGCCGUCCAACUGGGUUGUGUUCCCUGGCGGAGGCGGCGGAGUCGGAAUUCAGGGUGUGCAGCUGGCGAGGCAAGUUGCUUAA